AUGCCUCCUCCGGAAACCCGACCCCUCCUUCUCGCGCAGAACCGCAAGCUUCGUCACCUGCGCGGCAUCUACCUUCGAAACCUCAGCUUCAUCCGCCCUCGAGGCCAGACAAUUGAUGAUACCCUCUUGAACUCGACAUCCUCGAAGCUCGACGCCCUUCGCGAUGCGCCUCCUCUGCACCAUGCCCUCUCCAGCGACAACAUACGCCCCAAGGCGCGCCGCCGCAGUACUGCCUUGGCCCAAGCGACCCCGGUUACGAGGCAGCGCAUGCUGAAACUGACCGUCGACGGUAGAGCCGCGGAUGUGUUCUUUUCAUUGCACUGCGAGGACGAGGAGGAUCCCAUCUACAUCAGCGAGCUGAAGGAGCACGCGACGAACUUCAAUUUCCAUUUCUUCGACUUGAACGAGCAGGGUCCGUCUGUCACCCGAGCACCCGUCUUCACGAUCAAGAUUUGGGCGAAACGGACAUCAUGGACUCUCCUCCUCGAAGACACUAUCGACCUUCGAAGCCUACACUUCAUUGGCACCCUCCAGAACCACAAGUUCCCUCCGAAUGCCUUGAUAUUCCACCUUGCCGACGGCAUAUACUCUCUCGACGUCCUCGGAAAGCCUUCGCAACCCAAAGACCUACCUCCGCUGCAUACGUCUUCGUACAACAGCCUCAUGAAGCUUGCGACGCUGGACAACUCGAUCCAGGAUGCGUAUGCGACCCAAGCCCAGAUCACAUCGCAGAUCAACGACGCCCUCGAAACAGUCCCCCAUAACGAAGCCCCCGCGGCUGAAGAGAAGGUGAAGUUGGCGAAGAAGUAUGUUACCUUGGAGAAGCGCGCUCUCAGCGCGUCCGAGAAGCGCCGUGAUGAGCUGCGCGAGUCCAUCAGGACCCGCAGAGAAGCAAUAGCCAAUGGUCGUGCUCUCCAGGACAAAGCAGAGAAGGACGUCGCCAACGCUGCCGAGCAUCUCGCCGGUUCUAGGGCCCUGGUUGCCCAAACUCAAGACCAAAUCCGCGGCCAGCGUCGCCGCAUCUGCUCCGACCUCGCCCACAUCUACCGUAUUACACCCACCCCCUCCGGCGGGCCUCUCAAUUUCCAAAUUGCAGACCUCCCACUCCCGAACUCGGAGUACGACACUUCCGCCUCUCGUGGCGCAGAUGACGAUCUCCUCUCUGCCGCCCUUGGUCACACAGCAGCCCUCACCAACAGCCUGCAGUACUACCUAUGCGUACCGCUUCCUUACCCAAUCACUACCUUCGCAUCGCGUUCCUCCAUUCGCGAUGAUAUCUCCCUACUCACCGACCUCAACUCGGCACAAGCUGCUAGACAGCGCGACUUUCCUCUAUAUGUUCCUCGAGGAGGUUCGACGGCCUCCCAUUACCGCUUCGAUUACGGCUGGUUUCUCCUGAACAAGAACAUCGAGGCUCUCUGCGCGAGCCAAGGCCUAAAGGUCCCCGACAUACGCCAGUCGCUUCCGAACCUGAAGUACUUGUUGUACGUCUGCAGCGCCGGCACCGACGAACUCCCCGAUCGCAAGAGAGGCGGCAUCAUGGGCCUGUGGGCUGGUCGUCUGACCGGCCGCACACCUUCAUCCGUGAGAGGCGGCGAUGGCGACACGAGCAGCAUCGGAGGAAGCCGCCGCGGUAGCAACGACAGCGAGUACCUCAGCCGCCAGCGCGAUGAGCUGCGCAAGGUGCUGGCGGCGCGGGAGGGUGCCACGUCGCCCGAGAGCAUGGCGUUCUCGCCCGCUGGCCUGCCAUUCGACGAGCGGGAGAUGAAGAUGUCCUUGCGGACCAAGGGCCUGAGAGAGAAUGUGGGAGUUUGA